AUGAAGUUCCUCCCGAUCCUCGUCAUGGCACUGGUUGCCGUCGUUGCUGCCACUCCUGCGCCCGCCCCGGAAGAUCAAAGAAAGAAGAAGCCAAAACACUGCGGUGAAUUCGGUGACCCAUGCUCUAAGCAACCGUGCUGUGGGUCAAAACCUUGUCUGCCUUCCGAAAUAGGCGUAAAAUAUUCGAAUCAUCCUCGAUUCCAGCAGGCCGUGAGUCGGCAUGGUGGUGAAUGGGGGGAUGAAUAA